AUGGAGAAAAACUCCAAAAUAUCUGAACCUGCGGAGUACCAGGAUGACUUGCCGUAGGUUUAUUUAAAAUAGUUUGUUUUAUAUAUUACUAAUCUAAUAAUUUAGUUAGAAGAUAUGUCACUAGGUAACUGCUUGUAUAAAAGUCCAGUUUAUUUAGUUAUAUAAUUUAACAGGUUAGGAUUUCUGGGUGAUAUUUUGUAAAUGUGUCUAUCAUUUCAAUAUCCAAUAUUUACCUUGUAACCCUGGACAUUAUAACUUCAACCUUACUGGAUAAUACCAGAGCUAUAAUCAUUAUUUUAAUGCUAAUCUCACUAAUUGAAAUUAGUUUUACCAUUAGUAAUAGCAAAUAUUAGUUUAAAGGGACACUAUAGUCACCUGAACAACUUUAGCUUAAUGAAGCAGUUUUGGUGUAUAGAACAUGCCCCUGCAGCCUCACUGCUCAAUCCUCUGCCAUUUAGGAGUUAAAUCCCUUUGUUUAUGAUCCCUAGUCACACCUCCCUGCAUGUGACUUGCACAGCCUUCCAUAAACACUUCCUGUAAGAGAGCCCUAUUUAGGCUUUCUUUAUUGCAAGUUCUGUUUAAUUAAGAUUUUCUUAUCCCCUGCUAUGUUAAUAGCUUGCUAGACCCUGCAAGAGCCUCCUGUAUGUGAUUAAAGUUCAAUUUAGAGAUUGAGAUUCAAUUAUUUAAGGUAAAUUACAUCUGUUUGAAAGUGAAACCAGUUUUUUUUUUCAUGACGGCUCUGUCAAUCAUAGCCAGGGGAGGUGUGGCUAGGGCUGCAUAAACAGAAACAAAGUGAUUUAAAUCCUAAAUGAUAGUGAAUUGAGCAUUGAAAUUGCAGGGGAAUGAUCUAUACACUAAAGAUGCUUUAUUUAGCUAAAGUAAUUUAGGUGACUAUAGUGUUCCUUUAACAAUUAUCCAAUGUUUAAAACAAGAAGUGUAUGAGGUCUGUUCUGUAAAGUCUAGAAUGUUUGCCUAUUUGAGGAAAAUGAUUAAAAUAGUUUACAAAGUGUAGAAUUCAGCAGGAAUAGUUUUUGGAACCAUCCCCGCUGGGUAUUAACAGGGUUUGGGGGCUGAGGGAAUUUAGUGUUGGAAUAUCGAUUAUAGUAGUAAUUGCCCAUUUAUUCCAAAAUACGUGAUUUCUUCCAACAAUAGAGGGCAGGUGCACGGAAUGAUUCAAUACAUAUACAAUGUGUCUCCAUGCACUAUGUUAUAUAAAAUAUGUUUCAUUAUUGAAGUAUCAUUGGCUCAUCAGAACCUCCGGAUGCUUGUAGCUAGUGGACCAUGCUCAAACAUCGCACUCUACCUACAGCUGGUGUUACCGAGCAACAGACCAAACAAACUGCCGCAAAGUGUAAUUAUGAUACAAAAUAUAAUGUAUCUGGGUUCAUUAUCUGGUAUAUCCAGUGCUGAAUAGUCAGUGAUUACACAUUAUUCCACUGAUAACCAGAUUUGAUCCAUUUCAAAGAAAGGCAGUAAAUAAGAUGAAGGAAAACUCUGAUUUAUGUGAACCUGAAGAGCAAUAAAACGAUUUGCUGUAGGUUUAUAUAAAAACAUUUUAUUUUAUUUUUUAUUAAUGUAAAGAUAUUGUUAGAACUUAGAUCCCCUUUUAACUAGACACAAUGAAUUUAAAGAAACAAUUAAAUGACUGAGCAGGCAUGCAUCCAAUUCUAUAGGUUAUAGAUAACUGGGCAAUUAUGUGUAAGGUUGAUUUUAUUUUCAAUGAAAAACUGUGGACUUGUGGGACACUAUUAGAGCUUUGUUUAUUAUAUUAAAACUAAUUACAUUAACUGAAAAACUCCUCUCCAAUCAGUUAUAUCAGUUUGGUGGGGGUUAUAAGGUAAAGUUAGAAAUGGAUUGUAGUUCAUUAUUAAGAAAACUAAUUUCAACACAGCUGAGGUUAAAUAGUCUCUGUCUUUCAUGACAAUCUUUUUCUAAAACAAUUGCCAAUUUUGAUAAACGCGUUCAAUGACCCUGAAAGGUAAGAAGGUGAAAGAUCCAUCAGGAAAUUUGCCUACAAAACCUUAAAGGACCACUAUAGUGCCAGGAAAACAUACUCGUUUUCCUGGCACUAUAGUGCCCUGAGGGUGCCCCCACCCUCAGGGUCCCCCUCCCGCCCGGCUCUGGAAAGGGGAAAGAAGUUAAAACUUACCUUUUUCCAGCGCUGGGCGGGGAGCUCUCCUCCUCCGAUCCUCCUUCUCUCCUCCCCGUCGGCUGAAUGCGCACGCGCGGCAAGAGCUGCGCGCGCAUUCAGCCGGUCACAUAGGAAAGCAUUCAUAAUGCUUUCCUAUGGACGCUAGCGUGCUCUCACUGUGAAAAUCACAGUGAGAAGCACGCAAGCGCCUCUAGCGGCUGUCAAUGAGACAGCAGCUAGAGGAAAUAGGGGAAGGCUUAACCCAUUCAUAAACAUAGCAGUUUCUCUGAAACUGCUAUGUUUAUGAAAAAAUGGGUUAACCCUAGCUGGACCUGGCACCCAGACCACUUCAUUAAGCUGAAGUGGUCUGGGUGCCUAGAGUGGUCCUUUAAGGGACUGAGAAGUUACUGAUGUUAAGUGACAAAACAAAUUAAACUGCUCAAAUACCAGAUAUUGUACAAAUGUAGACAAUAUGCACCAAGUACAUGUUAUUACAUUAUUAACCUUCUUAUUAAAUUCUAAAACAACUCUGAUUCAGAUGAUUUUAUAUUGUGACUGAAAUCUAGCAUUGUGUUAAAAUGAACCUAUUUCCUUUUUUUUUUUUACUUACCAGUAAAUUGGAGCAACCUAACAUCCUGUGGUCUAAGACCAAUGUUUACAUAGUGCAGGAAUUGUUAGGCAGUGGCACCUUUGGCAACGUUGUAAAGGGUGUUAUAAACGGAACCAAUGAAAAAGUGGCUAUUAAAAUCUUGAAGGACACUCCAUAUGUUGCUGAAUUUGCUGAAGAAGAGGUGGACAUCCUAUGCCAGCUGAGUAAGGAGCAACCAGACGAUUUCAAUCUCGUCAAGCACUAUGACUAUUUCCAGCACAACAACAACAUCUGCAUUGUGUUUGAGAUGUUGGACAUUAGUCUCUCUGACUUUAUCAAAAAAUGCAACUGCAGGCCACUUCCAGUGAAACACAUCCGCCCUAUUGUGCAGCAGGUGGGCAGUGCACUGGCAAAGUUGAAGAGUCUGGGAAUAAUCCACACAGACUUGAAACCAGAGAACAUCAUGCUGGUGGACACGUCCAAACACCCAUUUAAGGUCAAGGUCAUAGACUUUGGCUGUGCAAUCCAUACAUCCAAGGCUCGAUGUUCGAGUUACAUACAAACCAGAUACUAUAGGUAAGGAACAUUUAUUACUCAUAAUUCACAAUUUCAAAGAAAGAACAUAUAUAUCCUUUACUUUAAUGACAUGAGUAUAAUUACUAAUGUUAACUAGGUCUGGUUAUUUUGUCCAACGGUUUUUAUGAAAUAUUAGGAGAUAUUAGUGAUAUUUAUGGUUUCUGGAUGAGUGUAUCAGUCAGUUAGCUCUACACAUUCACACAGGCUCUUAAGGUGAACAUGGAUUGAUCAGAAUUUGCCCAAGUGGCAUGGCUGCUUGCUACAGAGCUCUCCUAAGGAGUAAGGAAGUGGGUGAAAUAUUCCUACUUUCUUCUUCUUCAAAGCUUUGCAUAUCAAGCUGUCAGAAAACAUGUCACUUAUAAAUGCCUUGAAGAAAAAGAUUACAAAAUAUGGAUAUAUGGGAUCUCUGCUGGAAUUCUCAUAUGUUCACAAAGUGAUAUAACGGGCUUCAAAAAGCUGUGGAGAUCUGUGGAAUGUGAUGGACUUUCUACAUUCCAAAGAAACAUUUAGGCAGUUCUCCUCUAUUAUUCUCAUUUUAUAAAAACUGAUCAUCAUUAACGUACUAGGAAGUGGCUGCAGACAUGGUAUCUCAUUAUGCUAGGGGAAAUGGGAGGUGGGUUUUUCUGGACACUCUCUGUCAGCUGAUAUGUGCUUGUGCUGAGUGUUUUGAGAGUGAUGGUAAAACACUUCCACUGGUAACUCUCAGGCAGCCAGAUGGAGCAGAGUCAUGAUUAACUUAACAGAAAUAGUAAUUAUUUCAGUGAACUAAGUUAAAAUUAAGCGGUUUAAUCCUAUAUUUCAGUUAUUUAACAGUUUUAACAUGUAAAUUAUUUAGCUAACAUUCUGAUUUCUCUCCUUUUUAUAAAAAUCAGGUCCCCAGAAAUUAUAUUAGGAUUACCAUUCUGGGAGGCCAUUGACAUGUGGUCUCUUGGGUGUAUCAUGGCCGAGCUAUUCACAGGACACCCAUUAUAUCCUGGAGCAUCUGAGUAUGAUCAGGUGAGUUCAGAUCUAAUAGACAUCUGGGUUUAAUUAUAUAUUAAGGUCUCAGUCAGGAAUCCAGAAUGAAUUCACGUAGAAAGAGAUCACGAAGCUGUUAUAUUUGCUUACACAGACUGGAGUCAAAGUGCAAAGAUAAAACUGUCAAUUUUGUUUAAAAUUAGUGAGGACUAUUCACCAAACAAAGAAUUGUAAUGAAUCAAGAUACAAAAUUGAAACAUUUAGGCAAAAUUGCAAAUUUCAAAAAGUUCUUCAACCCAACUGCUGUCACACCUUUUAGCCUGAAAUUUGGGAUACGGUUAUUAAUUCACCGUAAUCUGGUGUUUAGUAAAUUGAUUGUACUGAGUACUAGUACGAGUUAGAACAUUUUUAAAGCAUCCAUGUUAGCAUACUCAAACCAGCCUUCAUUUGGUAGUUUAGGUAACUUUCUAUAGACGCAUUUAGGUGUAUAAAUAAUGUAUUUAUUAAAUCCAAACAAUUUCAUUAAAAGAAGUAAUUGUACUCCAACUUUUAAAUUUGAUGAUAUUUGUAUUUUAACUAGUUUGUAAACAGAAUAAAUAAAGAAUAUCCCUGUGGCAAAAAGAAGUCAAAGCUUUUUAAUAAAAAUAUGUGCAGCAUUAGAAUGUGGAGGCAGUCAGAUUUGUUUACUCUGUUUUUAUAUAGUUACCGUAUUAUCACUGUUUGUAACGUUAAGUAAUUUAUUUAUUAAUUUCACAAUGCUAGUUUACAUUCAUUUACUUAAUUUCUCAAAUAUAACUGCAGUUAUAAAAUGUUAGUUAUUGAACAGUUGUGGAAAUGCAGUAAACCAGAGAGAUUCAAAGCUGGUUAUUAUGGGUGAUUAUGGGUACGUUUACAGUUUUAAUAGAAGUUGAUGCUACUUGUAUGAAACGUUGUGACCUCUUGCUUCCUCCCUGCAGAUCCGCUACAUCACCGAGACGCAGGGUUUGCCCCCUGAAAACAUGCUCGAUAGGGGAACAAAGACCGAGUUUUACUUUAGAAUCGACUGGGAUUCUGAUGAUGUAUUAUGGAGUUUGAAGGUGCGACCUCUUAUAUCAACCAUUACCAUAUUUAUAGAAAAUAAAAUGAUUUUUAACCCCUUCAGGACAUCGGGUUAAGCAAAUCCUAUGAUAUAAUGACAGUCUCAGCAGAUGAUCUGCCAUGAACUGGUUAAAGAGAUAUUUCGGGAUGUGUAUUUCAUUUAUUUUAUUAAGCCAGAGGAAGUUUUACACACUCACAUUCAGCAAUACGGAAGUUUUGAUGUGAUAAAAUUUAAAUAACAGAUCCUCCAUAAAGAGUUUUAGGUACUGUUUCCCCUUUUCUCUGUCAGCUUUGCAGCCAUUUUGUAAAAUAACUUUUAAAACCAUACAGUAAAUAAAAAACUAAACUGUUUAGACUCAGGGAAAACUGCUGGGUCAGGUAAUGGUAAGACGUGUUUAUUCGUUCUAACUUUAGCAGGAAACUUACUGUCACACUGUAGAAUGCUACAUUGAACCAUGUUCUCAUUCCAGAACCUAAUGGACAAUCUUGUUUUUCCUCUUCUCUAGAGUAAAAUACGCUAUGAAUUCGAUUCUGGUAUUAGACCAAUGGAAAGACGGAAAUAUGUCUUCAGUUCCCUUGAUGACAUGAGGAAGGUACUGUAUUCCUGGGACACUCACAUUAACCCAAAUAUAGGUAAUCACAUGGCAUCUUCCCAUCAUCCCUGUGGAUUAGCAGAAAAAAAUUACUUUAAAAUGUCUGGUUAGCCAAGCACGGAGGAGGUGGUGGAGCAAUCUCUUUGUGCUUAACUUUGGAUGUGAGGAGCACAGUUUCGUGGCAACAAUAAUGUAUGUGUAUUGUUCAUACGGGAAGACCCAAAACAUUUUGCACUUCUAGAUAAACACAUCUUAAAACUGAAGUGCAUAUGAGCAAAGACGAAAACAGUUUUGCUGUAAUGUAUGGAUGUUACAUUUACUCUUUUCUAAUAGUUAUUUGUUUAAAUGUAGCUGUUUUUUUAAAUGUAUUAUGAAGGUAUACAAGAAGAACCCAUUUCUUGAUUUUUGCACCCCUGUCAAGAGUCUGAUGAUCUGUCUAGAACCCCUACCAGUGUCGCCGGUGACAUUGUGGCUUUUCACCACUGAGCCUACCAAACUCUACAGAAGUUGGGGGGUUGGUAGGGAGUACUGAGAAGCAGUCAGAUGACUUACUGUAGUUACUGCCAUUACCAUUAAUGUUGGCCCUAUGACACUGAGAAAAACAUGUCACUUUGCAUAUUUUUUAUUGAAUAUAAAAAUAUAAUCUUCUCAUACACUGUUUCUUUCUCUUCAGGUAAUUUUACCAUCAAAGCUGGAGAGCAGUGAUACGCUGGUGGAGAUGGGAGAUGUAGGGCAGUUUAUCGAUCUGAUGAAAGAGAUGCUUGCUAUAGAUCCACGCAAAAGGAUAACUCCCACAGAAUUUCUCAGCCAUCCCUUCAUCACCAUGGCUCAUCUCCAGCACUUCACACGGAGUUCAUCGUACGUGAUUUUCCUUGUGCAUUGGGAAGGUUGCUUGGAAAUGUUGAGGAAGUUGGUAUCAAUGUGGGAGCAGGAGGUUCAACCAUAUUCAUAAAUAAUAUAGGAAGCUAAAUAUAUCUACCAGAAUAUGUUGAAUGAUAUAAAUUGUAUGAGGAACCUCCAGUACUCUAGCUUUUUGCUGCCUUUUCGUGACCUAUAGUGAUACAUAAUAUAAAGAAACUGGCACCCCCCCCAUUACAAUAUAGUCAAACUGCUCCCCACCUCUUCUCUGCAGCCAUGAGAGUGACAGUUUAGCUCAGAGAGAGAGAGCUCUUCCUGCUCCGUAAAGGGUGUAGUGGAGGCAGGGAGCAGCACCAGGGGGGACGCAGGUAAGAAGUCAAACUAUCCUAAAAAGGUUUGAUUACUUACAUUGUGGGGUAUCAGGGCAAUCCUAGCACACUAACCACUGCAGAGUAUUGAUUGUUAAGGUGCUUGGAGUUUUCCUAUAAAGAAUAUUGUGAGAGUAUUUGUAACUUUAGACAGCAGCUAAAAUGAUGUAUUCUUCCGUUAUGGGAAAGAAAGUUUUAUUAAACGAGGCUUCAUUUCUGUAUUCAUUCUCAUAUUAUUCCACGUUUGUUCAAUUAUUGUAUUACUUUUUUUUGUCUUUUACUUAUCAUUUGUUCCCAUUCUUCCCUAACUGUUUACUCUUUUAUUUCUUCAAAAUUUUGAUCACUUCCUUUUUUUUGUCACAUUCUUCCUUUUUAUAUAAUUUUAUCUCACUGUCUUUCUCUCUCUUUUCCCAGUGUAAAUCCUUGCUUCCAGGCCAUGGAGAUGAACAAAGAACAGGUGAGUAUAGUGAUAGUCCUCUUUAUGGUCCCCUAGGAACCAGUAGGAACUGUUAGGGGCGUCCAGUAGACAGUAAUGUGCAGCUGAGGAUGUCAUGCUUUCUCCAGCUUGUGGGAUGGGGAUCACUAUUCAUAACUGUAAUUAUAACAUGAACACAGGGUAAUAGAAGGAACAAUAUUCUAUUUUACUGAACAAACUCUUAGUAUUGAUGAGAAAAAUGUCAAUUUAAUGUGUGUUAACGCAGAGCAGCAAAUUCCGGGAUUUAUUUUCUCUAUAUAUACUAUAAAACAGCAGGAGGUGUGUCCUGAGCUUCCAGAAAUAGAGACAAAGUCGCAGAAUGCACAGAACACGGAGGAACCGCAGAUAGAAGAAAAUUCUGUGAGGAAAGAAAAGAAAGAAAAUAUUGAGAGACUUCUGAAACUUGUGAGUGCUCCCAGGGGUGUAACUGGGAACCACUGGGACUGGGUGCAAGAAUUAAAGAAUCUCAGUCCCCCCUAAGCAAUACAUCGGAGUGGGUUGAUGGAAUGAGUUUGACUGCGUAUGGAGUUGUUUUAUUGUAACCUUAAAGGGAUACUUUGGGCACCAUAACAACUUUAGAAUUUGAAGUUGUUAUGGAGCAUGGUACUCCUAUGUGCCUUUCUACCUCAAAAAGUUAAACUGUUUAUGAUUGGUUUAACCCUGUCUACCCAACUCCUUCCACUAAUUCUGCAUUCAAUCAGGAGGCCUCAGACUCGAUAUCCCUGACUAGUUCCCCAUUUAUAAAACUGAGUGGAAAAGGUCCAUUUUAUGAAUGUAUUGUGUGACAGUGUGAAGUGACCAUGGUUGUCAAUGUAUGGUAUAUCUGAAAAGCGUGCCAAUGUGUUUAUGGUAACGCAGAGGUGUGUUUUUGUUUGAAGGUUUAUUUGCAGUAGAAUAUAAGUGUGUAUUUGUGUGUUGCUUUUUCUUCAGUCCCAUUUAUCAGUACUAUUUUUAUUUUUUAUCUCUGUAUAUAAUAUAAAAUACGUAGUUUCACAUAUAAUUUCUAUGAAAGUUGAUAAAUUACAAUGUUCAAGGGACUCAUUAAAUGCAUAAAUUCUGAUUUUGUUUUUUCUUUUGAUUUGAAGCAUGAAAAUGCUAUUACACUUGCAAACCAAAUGGGCGUACAAAACGAAAUUUCUAGCCAAACCGAGGCCGAGCCCCAGGGAGAGUGUGAGAGUGCCCCACCAGCACAGAUCGAGAUCCAAGACCAGGUAAGAAUGUAUGCAAUGUGGCUGCAUAGUCCUUAAGGUUUGCAAUCACUAGAUGUUGACUAGAGGUAGAGAUUUUACUGGGAAAAAAAUCCCUGAACUUUCUAACACCAGGGAAAGUAUUAUGACAAUACUCUCUCCAAUACAGAAAUAAAGAUCUUAACAGUAUAGUAUAACUAUAGUAUCUUAAUACUAUUUAAUGCUAUGCUGGGAAUAUAUCCUGUGUGUUUGCUUUCUGUUUUAUUAAUUUCUUUAUAGAGAGAUCGUUACAUAUAUUAUACAUAUAUAUACAGGUUACACACCCUUUCCAUCAAUGUUAAUGAAUAGCAAUGCACAAUGGGCUCCUUUAAUAAAUACUUUUUGAUAUUUUCUUUUCUUUUCACGGGUAGCAUGCUCAAGAUGAACCUUUACAGAAAAAGUCAAACGAAGCUGAAGAGAACUGUGAAGUUGUUAUGGAGGAUGUGGGACCCAACACCCAGGAAAGACCAGCUCAGAGCAAGACAGAAACAUCUGAUGAGAAUGAAAUUGAAAUCCUGAGUGAGUCAGAUGAUGGAGACAGAGAAGAAAAGGAGGGAAAAAAGAAGAGAAAGAGGGGAUCAUGCCUGAGACGUGUGUUACAAGCUCUGUGCUGCUGCAUCCCCAGAAAACCAAAGAAAGUGAAGGUGAACACACCCGAGAGCUCAGAUGUUGUCAUAUAUCAGGUCCAUGGACUUCACAAUUCCACCCGUGAAAGCAGCACAGAGAGUGAAGCAGCCGCUUCCACCCACUCCUCCCUGCCAUCUGAGCGCAGUGGAGGUCUACUGCGGAAAUGUGUAAACAGCGUGUCUCGAAUGAGAAUGAAGAAACAAAAAACCUCUUCAGAAACCUCAAAUAUCCAGUCAUUCCAUCAAUGA